UCCGGCCUCUCCGAGCUUGGGCUAGGGCAUUUUUACGAAGGUCCAUCUGCCGAACUUGUUUCCGCGCCUGUUUGUGCUUUGGUAAGCCUUACAAUUUUUACAAUUUUUUUGGCUCUGUAGUUUUCCUUUUCUGGUUGCCGUUUGUUUCCUCGGAAAACCGAAGCGAGGCGAGCAAGCUCUCUUUGCCUACUCUUUCCUCCUCCUGCCUGCAAACCUUUGUUGAGCGAAUCCGGUACUUCACUCUUCUCUCUCCCUAUCCCUACCCCGGCAUCAAGCUGUGAAGAACGCUGCUCCCCGCCGGCCUCUUAGGUUAGGGGGCGAGUUGAAGUUGGAGCAAGUCUGUAUUUUCAGGACGAAUUUAGUCAGGGCAACUCGGGUAGUGGUGUUUGAGCUUUGUUUAGUCGAGCAGUGAUGGAGGAGCAGUCAGUAACCCCUUCCGGGAAGCGGAAGGCACCUGAGGAAAGCGAAGUUGCGGAUACCCCUCGGCAGGGUUCCGCUCAGAAGCGUCAAAGUGUGACUCGAAGUUGCGUGCAUGAGGUUGCAGUGCCUAGUGAUUAUACUUUGCCUAAAGAUGGAAUUACUCACGGAACUCUGUCGAAUCCAGUUUACAACGGUGAGAUGGCCAAAACCUACGAGUUUGUGCUCGAUCCGUUUCAGAAGGUAUCGGUUGCCUGUUUGGAGAGAAAGGAGUCUGUACUCGUCUCUGCGCAUACUUCUGCUGGGAAGACAGCAGUGGCUGAGUAUGCUAUUGCAAUGGCAUUUAGAGAUAAGCAGAGGGUUAUAUAUACUUCCCCGCUAAAAGCUUUGAGCAACCAAAAGUAUAGGGAGCUGCAGCAUGAGUUUGAAGAUGUUGGUUUGAUGACCGGUGAUGUGACGCUCUCACCCAAUGCUAGUGUUUUGGUGAUGACAACGGAGAUUCUUAGGGGAAUGCUUUACCGGGGAUCACAGAUUUUGAAGGAAGUUGCAUGGGUUAUCUUUGAUGAAAUCCAUUACAUGAAAGAUCGUGAGAGAGGGGUUGUUUGGGAGGAGAGUAUCAUCUUUUUGCCACCAGAGAUUAAAAUGGUUUUCCUUUCUGCCACAAUGUCGAAUGCUACAGAGUUCGCAGAGUGGAUUUGCCGUGUGCACAAGCAGCCUUGUCAUGUGGUGUACACUGAUUUUCGGCCAACUCCUUUGCAGCAUUACGUCUUCCCUGUUGGUGGAUCUGGCCUAUACCUUGUUGUGGAUGAGAAUGAACAGUUCAGAGAGGAGAAUUUUAUGAAGCUGCAGAAUUCCUUCUCAAAACAGAAAACUGGUGAUGGGAACAAGAGUGCUAAUGGUAAAGCAGGCGGUAGGAUAGCAAAACCUGGCAAUGCUUCUGGAGGUUCAGACAUAUACAAAAUUGUAAAGAUGAUUAUGGAGCGGAAGUUUCAACCUGUUAUCGUUUUUAGCUUUAGUCGAAGAGAGUGUGAACAACAUGCAAUGUCCAUGUCUAAGUUGGACUUUAAUACACCGGAGGAGAAGGAAAUGGUGGACCAAGUCUUCAAUAAUGCAAUACAAUGCCUGAACGAAGAAGAUAGAAGUUUACCUGCCAUUGAAUUGAUGUUGCCACUACUUCAGCGAGGUAUCGCUGUACAUCAUUCUGGCCUGCUUCCUGUCAUUAAGGAAUUGGUUGAGCUUCUUUUCCAAGAAGGCCUUGUGAAGGCAUUAUUUGCUACAGAAACAUUUGCAAUGGGUUUAAACAUGCCUGCCAAGACCGUUGUUUUUACUGCUGUUAAGAAGUUUGAUGGUGAUAGUCAUCGUCACAUAGGAUCUGGUGAAUAUAUCCAGAUGAGUGGAAGAGCUGGACGGCGUGGCAAAGAUGACCGGGGUAUUUGUAUCAUAAUGAUUGACGAACAGAUGGAGAUGGAGACUCUCAAGGACAUGGUUCUGGGUAAACCAGCUCCUCUAGUUAGUACUUUUAGGCUGAGUUAUUAUUCCAUUUUAAACUUAAUGAGCCGUGCGGAAGGCCAGUUCACUGCCGAGCAUGUGAUUAGGAAUUCAUUCCACCAAUUUCAAUAUGAAAAGGCUUUACCUGAUAUCGGCAACAAGGUUUCAAAACUUGAACAAGAAGCUGCUAACUUGGCUUCAUCCGGAGAUGGCAAAGUUGCUGAAUAUCAUAAGCUGAAGCUAGAGAUCGUGCAACUUGAGAAAAAGAUGAUGACUGAAAUCACAAGGCCUGAAAGAGUACUUUAUUAUUUAUGCCCUGGCAGACUGGUACGUUCUGGACAUAAGCAUAGAACUGGUGUCAGAAUCAGAGAAGGUGGAACUGACUGGGGCUGGGGGGUUGUAGUAAAUGUUGUGAAGAAACCCUCUUCAGGGAUGGGUGCACUACCCUCUCGUGGUAGUGGCUACAUAGUGGAUACUUUACUUCACUGCACACCUGGAUCAAGUGAGGGUGGCUCAAGGCCCAAACCUUGUCCUCCUCGGCCUGGAGAGAAGGGAGAGAUGCAUGUGGUCCCUGUUGAGCUGCCCCUGGUUUCUGCUCUCAGUAAAGUGAGAAUUACCAUUCCGUCUGAUCUCCGACCAUUGGAAGCAAGGCAAAGUAUACUUAUAGCACUCGAAGAACUAGGAUCUCGAUUUCCUGAAGGUCUUCCAAAACUUAAUCCAGUAAAGGAUAUGAAAAUUGAAGAUCCCGAAAUUGUUGAUUUGGUCAAGCAAAUAGAAGAACUGGAAAGGAAGUUACAUGCACAUCCUAUGCAUAAGUCGCAAGAUGUGAAUCAGAUUAAAAGUUUCCAAAGGAAGGCUGAGGUGGAUCAUGAGAUUCAACAACUCAAGUUAAAAAUGCGAGACUCACAGCUGCAAAAAUUUCGUGAUGAACUCAAGAACCGUUCACGAGUCUUGAAAAGACUUGGUCAUAUAGACGGUGACAGUGUCGUACAGCUAAAGGGUCGAGCAGCCUGUUUGAUAGACACAGGAGAUGAACUUCUUGUAACUGAACUGAUGUUUAACGGUACCUUCAAUGACCUUGAUCAUCACCAAGUUGCAGCUCUAGCAAGUUGUUUCAUUCCAGUGGACAAAUCAAACGAGCAAAUACACUUGAGAACCGAGCUUGCUAAACCAUUACAGCAGCUCCAAGAAAGCGCAAGAAAAAUAGCCGAGAUACAAUAUGAGUGCAAAUUGGAAAUAAAUGUUGAAGAGUACGUUGAGUCAACUGUGCGGCCAUUCUUGAUGGACGUGAUUUACUGUUGGUCGAAGGGUGCUAGUUUUGCAGAAGUUAUACAGAUGACUGAUAUCUUCGAGGGCAGUAUCAUUAGGAGCGCCAGGCGAUUGGACGAAUUCUUGAACCAGUUACGUGCAGCUGCUCAGGCCGUGGGAGAAACCAGCUUGGAGGAGAAAUUCGAAGCAGCUUGUAAAAGCCUUCAACGCGGGAUCAUGUUUGCGAACUCUCUGUAUCUGUAAGCCGCUAAUCGUUGUUUUGCAGGCGACACACUUUACUCGACAAAGAUCGAAAGGGAAAGCAACAUAGGGAUUUCCAUGUGAAGUUUACUACCAUUCUCUGUAUGUUGUAAGUACUUGGGACACUUUUACUGGGACGAGAAAAAAAAAAACAAACAAGAAACUAGAAAGCAUAAAGCAACGACUCUUGAUCCAAAUCUGUUCAAGGUUUCCUUCUCCAGACGACACAUUCAAACCUCGAUCGGAUCGAAAACAACCGUCGAAUGUUUGGCAAUGUGCAGACUGAACUGCCCUCCUUUCUCAGUCACAUCAAUCUUCUCUACUCCCGGCGGAGCCUUCAUCUCGAACUCACUCACCAGCUUCCCGAUCACCAUCCCCAGGAUCGGCAUUGCCAGUAUGAUCCCAGGGCAGCUCCUCCUCCCCAUCCCAAACGGCACGAACCGGAAAUCCACUCUGCCUCCAGCCACCGCUGCAUCCGUCUCCCCUUCCUCCUCCAAGAACCUCUCCGGCCGAAACUCCUCCGGUUUCUUCCACCACGCCGGGUUGUUGGCCAGCCACCACGCGUUCACCACCACCUUCGACUCCUUGGGAAUCGUGUAGCCACCGAGCUGGGCCUCCUCGAGGUUCAUGUGCGGGACCAGAAGUGGGAUCGGAGUGUGCAGCCGGAGCGUCUCCUUCACCACUGCUUGCAGGUACGGGAGGUCCCGGAGGCUGGAUUCGGUUACCGGGUUGCCGUUGAGGACGCCGGAGAUUUCUUGCCGGAUUUUGUGCUGGACCUGUGGGUGGUUCACUAGCUCGGCGAUCGCCCACUCCAUGGACCAGAGGGUGGUUUCGAUGGCGGCGACGUUGAUGUUCUCCACGAUGUAGAGCACGUUGGCUUCGCUGAUCUCGCCCUUCCUCUCCGCGUCGAUUAUGUGGUCCAUGGCGCAGUGGUUGUUGAAGAAAGCCAGCCGCCGCCGCUGCAAAUCCCUGCACUUAUUCAAAUACCCCCUCAAGAACGGCCGCAACAGGGGAAUGAAAUCGCCAUAGUUAUACUCGAAGCUCUGCGCCAGCCGACUCCUCUCCGAAUUAAACCUCGUCGCCUCCACGAACAGAGGAUCAUCCACCGACUCGAACCCAACACCAAACAUCAUCCUGUACAUUAUGUUAUACAGCAUCAGCUGCAGCCUCCUCCUCACCACAAUCCCUUCUCCUCCCUGCUUCCCCAAAUCGCGGACCACGGAAUCCAUCUCCUCCUCCCACAUCCCGCUGUAGCUCUGCACGACCCUGUUGGUGAAGAAGGGCAGGGUCAUGAUCCGCCGCAUCUUCCGCCAGUGGUCGCCGUAGACGGUGAACACCAUGUCCUGGCCGUUCCCCGUGAAGAUGUCGAACACCACGUUGCGGGGUCGGGACCCGAACUCGACCCCUUGGGCGUGGAGGACCUGGUGGGCGAGUUUCGGGUCCGAGACGGCGACGAGGUUCUUGGAGCCGAGCUUGAGGAGGAAGACGGGGCCGUGGGUGAGGGAGAGGGAGGCGAGGAGGCGGUGGUUGAUGUCGUUGCCGAGGUGGAGCCAGUUGCCGAAGAUUGGGAUGGAUGGAGGGCCGGGAGGGAGGUUUUUGUUGUUGUUGUUGGAAUUGUGGUGGAAGAUCAAGAUUGUGGUGGUGAUGAGAGGGAUGGUGAGGAGAAGGGAAGGAAUGGUGGGAAGGAAGAGGAUUGCUAUGGGGAGUAGAAGGAGGAGGAGGAGGAGGAGGAUUGGUUUGGUGGAUUUCUUCAUGUUGUUUUUGAGAAGUGGAAGGUGAGAGUUUGUAUUGAGUUUUGGUAGGGGAAAAUGGAGGGAAGUUUAUAUAUAAGGGAGGAGAUGGUGGAAAUGGAAAGAGGGUUUUGGGGUAGGUGUGGAUGGCAAAUGGUUUUUGGUAACAUGUCUAUGGGCUAGGCUUUUGAGUAUGGUUGUUUUGUUUGCUUGAAAGAAUAUCCACAAAUUUUGAGAGAGUUAUAGCAUGCUUGAAAGAUUCUACCUCAGCCUAGGAGUUUGACUAAUAAUGAGGUGGGAAUUAGGGAUGAUAAAAGAAUAUCCACAAAUUUUGAGAGAGUUAUAGCAUGCUUUUAUUUAAGUUUGGGUCUAAAUUAGAUUCAUUAUAUUGAUAAG